UUAUCAGUUUAUUUAGACCGUAAAAUUAUGAAAGAUUUUAAACCAUGUGUUAUAGAUGGUUCUAUGAAAGAAGGGGGAGGUCAGAUUUUAAGAACCGCUUUAUCAUUUUCUGCAAUCCUCAAGUUACCGAUUUUAGUAAAUAAUAUCAGAGCAGGUAGAUCAUCUCCUGGAUUAAAAUCACAACAUCUUAAUGGACUUUGGUUGAUGAAAGACAUAUGUAAAGCUAAGCUAGAAGGAGAUUUUGAUGGAUCAACACAAAUUUCAUUUUCUCCUAAUGAAAUAGGAAAUGGUGAUUAUUAUGCUGAUGCUAAGACAGCUGGGAGCGUGUCCUUGUUACUUCAAGUAUCAUUACCUUGCUUGAUAUUUGCUAAACCUAACCCUCCUUCCAACCACUCAUUUAAUAAUAACAUUAAUCACACUACAUUGACGCUCAAAGGAGGCACGAAUGCGGAUAUGGCGCCACCCAUAGAUUUUACCUCUCACAUUUUAUUACCCAUUCUCAAAAAUUUUAUACCAGUUUUUUGUAAUAAAAUAAAUGACAAAGUUGCAGAAUCUGAUAAUAUCCAAUCAACUUUUCAAGAUGUUAGAACACCUAUUCAAGCGCCAGAGAUGGAUCAAACAUCGAAUCACAGCUUUAAAAUUAUGGACAUUAAAUUAGAAUUGAUUAAAAGAGGGUUUUUCCCAAAAGGUGGAGGUGAAGUUAGGAUAUAUAUUGAUAAAAUGGAAAUUGGAUCUGACAAGCCGUUAAAUCCUAUUAUUCUAAUCAAUCGAGGCUCUAUACAUUCUAUCGAUGGUAUAGUAUAUCUUUCGGAACAAUUACCUAUCGACAUGGCUAAAGAAAUGCAAAGUGUCGCUCAAACAUUUAUGAUUAAACAUUUUUCCCAUAUACCUAUCAACAUCAAAAUUAUACACGAAACCCCAACCACUGCUUAUGGGCCAGGGUCUGGUAUAAUUUUGAUAGCUAGAUCGGAAUAUGAUUGCCUCAUAUCUGGCUCCGCUCUCGGAAAAAGAGGGGUUAAAGCUCGAGAUGUAGCCAUGUCAGCUUGCGAAAAGCUUUUGGAAAAUUUGAACCAUAAUGGAUGCGUGGACGAAUAUACCCAAGAUCAACUUAUAUUAUUCAUGGCAGUUGCAAAAGGAAAAUCAUCGAUUAAAACUGGACCCAUAACAUUACACACUGAAAGCGUGAUUUACGUAAUAGAAAAGAUGUUGCCCGAUCUAAAAUUCGAUAUAUCAUCUUGCGAGGAUGGAUGUAAUAUUAUAUCAUGCGAAGGCCUAGGAAUCCCCUUAUAAACAAAUUCCUCGAUGUAUGGUUAUUUAUUUAAUAAAAUAUCACAUUAACCUUAUAUUGAGAUUAGUUUAUAUUGAAAUAUAUAUGUAAUAAAUUGUAACUGCUAGAAAAUAUGCCAUAUUUUUUUAUAAAUAUACAGAACAUUUUAUAAAUAAUGUACGCAAAUUAAAAAGAAUUUAAAUCUGUUGAAUUUGAUAUAUUGUAUUAAAUAUAUAAACAAUUUAUAAAAAAAACUAAAUUAAUAUCCAAUUUACUUUUAUAUAUUUAUAUUUUUUUUAGGAUGAGUGGUUUAUAUUUGUUUAUUGCUAAAUUUAUAAUAUUUUACAUGUCAAUUUAUUAACUAAUUUUAUUGUCCAAAUUUAUAAAUGCAUGUUUUAAUUAAAAUAUCAAAAA